AUGAGUACAACGCCACCUCAUCAAAGAUUGAAACCACUGCCUCAACAGCGACGGUCUUCGCUCAGUGUUGUAUAUCAUCGAUUGUUAUCAUUUUCGACAACUAAUAAAGAGUUUGAGAAGCAAAAAAAGGAAUAUCGACAUGAGAAAAAGCGUGUUGCUGAUGAACUUGUCUCCGCGCUUCGUGAUCCGACCGUUGUGGUCAUGGCAGACACUUUAAAGAUCCGUGGUGCCUUGAAGCAAUGGAACAGAUACUACUGCGUUUUGAAACCAGGGCUUCUGAUAAUCUAUAAAAACAAAAAAGCGAACAGAGGCGAUUGGGUUGGAACAGUACUUCUCAAUUUGUGUGAACUCAUCGAAAGACCAUCAAAUAAGAAUGGGUUCUGCUUCAAGCUUUUUAAUGCAAUGGAUGGUUCAAUUUGGGGCAAUCGCGGGCCAUUGGGACAAUCUUAUGGCAGCUUCACCUUGAUGCCACUCAACACUUCUUUCCUUAUUUGUCGUGCGCCGAGUGAUCAGGCUGGACGCUGUUGGAUGGACGCGCUUGAGUUGUCUUUCAAGUGCACCGGAUUACUGCAACGUACGAUGCAUCAUCUUCACGAAAAGCAGAACGAUGGCGACAUUGUUGAGAGUGCUAGAUUAGAAAGACAACCCUCACAUGAUUCGGAGGGAGAUGAAAUCGGCGUGAGCAAACCAUAUUCGGAGACCGACGCCGAGCAGCAUUUCAAGGGAUUGGAUGACACCGAGCAGGAUGAUGGCCAAAAAUCGGAGUCAAGCGAUACUAUUCGCGAGAACGUAGAGCAAAGUGCAUGGAUUGAGAGUCCCAAAGAAGUGUUUGGCAACGGUGACUCGCAAACCGAGGAUGUUGCGGAAGAAAACAAGUCAUUGAUUUGGACUCUCCUCAAGCAAAUUCGUCCGGGAAUGGACCUCUCAAAAGUCGUAUUGCCAACAUUCAUCCUUGAGCCACGCUCGUUCUUAGAGAAACUGGCCGAUUACUACUAUCAUGCUGAUUUAAUCUCCGAAGCCGCAAUCGAGCCGGAUCCGUACCAACGAAUUGUAAAAAUCACCAAGUUUUUCCUUUCGGGGUUUUACAAGAAGCCAAAGGGAUUAAAGAAGCCAUACAAUCCAAUUCUUGGUGAGACAUUCCGUUGUAAGUGGGAGCAUCCAGAUGGCUCAACCACAUUUUACAUCGCCGAACAGGUGUCUCAUCAUCCACCAGUUUCCUCGCUUUUUAUUACCAACAGAAAAGCCGGAUUCAAUAUCAGCGGCACUAUUCUUGCGAAAAGCAAAUACUAUGGAAACAGCUUGUCGGCAAUUUUGGUCGGAAAGUUGAAACUUACACUUCUUAAUCUUGGUGAGACUUACGUUGUGAAUCUUCCGUAUGCAAACUGUAAAGGAAUCAUGAUAGGAACAUUGACUAUGGAGAUUGGCGGAGAGGUUGACAUUGUAUGCGAAAAGACGGGUUAUUCAGCAACCCUAGACUUCAAAUUGAAACCAUUCCUUGGUGGAAGCAUGAACCAAGUAGCUGGAGAGAUCAAAUAUGGAAGAGAAGUCUUGGCAACUAUUGAUGGAGCGUGGGAUGGUCUCAUGCGCAUUAAGGAAAAUGGGAGAAAGAAGGAAUUGUGGAAUCCGACACCAGAGAUUAUUAGCAGACGUCUUCCUAGAUAUGAAAUUAAUUUGGACGAUCAGGGAGAGUGGGAAUCGGCAAAGUUGUGGAGACAAGUCACCAUCGCCAUUCAAAACGAGGACCAAUACAAGGCUACUGAGGAGAAAACCGCUUUGGAAAAUGAUCAGCGAGCAAGAGCAAAGUCUGGAAUUCCUCACCAGACAAAAUUCUUCAAGAAAGUUGGAGAUGAAUAUGAGUACAUUCAUGCCGACUAUCGCCCAUGGGACAUUAACAAUGAUAUUCAACAAGUUGAAUAUGAUUAUGUUGUAAAGACAAUAACUGCUCAUCCUACGGAUACUCCAAAAUCGAAAUCAAAAAAUCAGUCGAGCAGCACCGAUAAUUGUAGUUAUAAUGACUCUGAUGGUAGCGACAGCGAUGAAGAGAAAACUUCGCCAGAACAAAAAUCGUUGAAGAUAUCUCAAAAUGCCCAAAACGUGGAUACCGAAAAAUUAUUAAAGGAUGUUCAACAACAAUUCGAGACUGCUGUUCGAAGAAUUGAGGCGAAUUCUGACAGAUAUUCGAAUUUGAUGUUAUCGACGGUUCAAUCAACAUUGCUUUUUGCGUUUGUUAUGAUUUCCGCAAUUCAAUCCAUAUUCCUUUACAUUCUUCUCCGUUAG